UUUUUUUUCUUUCUUUUUAUCGUUAUAUGACAUUAAAAUCGCCAUUAAUAACAUUCAAUGUCAAAAGAACCUUUGUCACCUACUAGUCUUACAACCAUAGAAGACGAAAAGAAAACCCUUGUUGAUCAUGGGAAAAGAUAUUCUAAUACUACCAUCAAUACAACAACCACUUCUUUAGAACGAUCACCUCCUCCUGCUUAUCAUUCUUCUUCUUUUCAUCAUAGUUUAUCCUCUAGAGCAAGAUAUUCUCAAUAUAUUCAACCUAUCACUUCUGUACACUUUUAUCAACCUACACCUCCACCACAGACAGUGAUUGUGCACGAUACACCGUCAAGAUCAAAAGAUGCCUGUUGUUGGGGUUGUGUGGCCGGUUUAAUUUUAUGUUUUGGUGCAAAAGAAUGUUUAUGUUUUUGAUCCCCUUCUUGUAUUCUAUUUUCUACUAUUUCCCCCCUUUUUUUUUUGUAUUAACAUCCAUUUUCGGCUUUGGACCGAUUGAUUCCCCCCUCUCAUUAUUAUCUAAAAAAAAAAAAAAAGGCCCGUCAAUAUUACCAUCAUUUGUUUUAUCAUUCUCAUCGACUAUUAUUCAUAUCAAUAAAACAAAAAAAUCAACCUUUAUUAUAUUAUCUAUCACAAACCAUCAUCACAUACGUCACUUAUCACAUAUCAUCAUUCAAAUGUCAAAUAAAAAAAAAAUCAAUCUCUUUUAUUUUUUAUCAUGUUUCCAUUGAAAAAAAUCACAUCUAUAAUCUACACUAUUC